GUAUAAAAAAACUACUGAAGACAUUUUUCACGCACAACUGCUAAAGCUCCAGAGACGGGAGCUGCGGCGGCAGCAAGGGCCGCCACCUCCGGAACCACCGCAGCUGAAGCGGCGGGGGCGAGGGGCGGGACUGUCCAUCGCUGGCGAGUGGGGGCUGGGAAGGACUAAGUGGCUUGGUGUGACGGUGACCACACUCGCGGCUCCUGGAAUUGUUGGAGCUUGGCUGUUCCUCGCCAGCUGCGCUCCUAGAAGGGACGGCCGUCUUCAGGUGACGCAGACGGGACUCCCGCUUGCGCUUUCCAGAUGCAUCAGCGAUACUUUUGGACUGACCAGGGCCAAGUGGCAUUCGGCGGGCACUUCAUGGCAGAAAGUGAAGGCUACUUUGCCAUGGCUGACGACGAGCUGGCCGGCAGCCCCUGUAUCCCCCUGGGCAGUGACUUUAGCGGCGGCGAUGUCGUUGACGGCGGCGGUUUCGGCGAGCUCUGCUUGGACUAUUGCGAAAGCCCCACGGCGCACUGCAACGUGCUGAACUGGGAGCAAGUGCAGCGGCUGGACGGCAUCCUGAGUGAAACCAUCCCGAUCCACGGACGCGGCAACUUCCCUACGCUCGAGCUGCAGCCGAGCCUGAUCGUGAAGGUGGUGCGGCGCCUGGCGGAGAAGCACAUCGGCGUCCGCGACGUGCGCCUCAACGGCUCGGCCGCCAGCCAUGUCCUGCACCAGGACAGCGGCCUGGGGUACAAGGACCUGGACCUCAUCUUCUGCGCUGACCCGCGGGAAGAGGAGUUUCAGACUGUGAAGGACGUCGUGCUCGAACUGCCUGUUGGCUUCUUACCCGAAGGGGUGAACAAAGAGAAGAUCACUCCACUGACGCUCAAGGAAGCUUAUGUGCAGAAAAUGGUUAAAGUAUGCAAUGACUCUGACCGAUGGAGUCUUAUAUCCCUGUCAAACAACAGUGGCAAAAAUGUGGAACUGAAAUUUGUGGAUUCCCUCCGGAGGCAGUUUGAAUUUAGUGUAGAUUCUUUUCAAAUCAAAUUAGACUCUCUUCUCCUCUUUUACGAAUGUUCAGAGAACCCAAUGACUGAAACGUUUCACCCCACAAUAAUCGGUGAGAGCGUCUAUGGCGAUUUCCAUGAAGCUUUUGAUCACCUUUGUAACAAGAUCAUUGCCACCAGGAACCCAGAGGAAAUCAGAGGGGGAGGCCUGCUUAAGUACUGCAACCUCUUAGUGAGGGGUUUUAGGCCUGCCUCUGAUGAGAUCAAGACCCUUCAGAGGUAUAUGUGUUCCAGGUUUUUCAUCGACUUCUCAGACAUUGGAGAGCAGCAGAGGAAACUGGAGUCCUAUUUGCAGAACCACUUCGUGGGAUUAGAAGACCGCAAGUAUGACUAUCUUAUGACCCUUCAUGGAGUGGUGAAUGAGAGUACAGUGUGCCUGAUGGGACAUGAAAGAAGACAGACUUUAAACCUUAUCACAAUGCUGGCCAUCCGGGUGCUAGCUGACCAAAAUGUCAUCCCUAAUGUGGCUAAUGUCACGUGCUAUUACCAGCCGGCCCCCUAUGUAGCAGAUGCCAAUUUUAGCAAUUAUUACAUUGCACAGGUUCAGCCAGUAUUCACAUGCCAGCAACAGACAUACUCUACUUGGCUACCCUGCAAUUAAGAAUCAUUUAAAAAUGUCCUGUGGGAAGCCAUUUCAGACAAGAUAGAAAAGAAAAAAAAGAAGAAGAAGAAAAAGAUUAAAUGACCCAGCCCUGAUUAGGGAUAUGUUUUGUGCAAUGAUGAUCUGCUCCUGCUUUUAAGCUUGGCAAAGCUUGUAGAUCCUUUCAUAGGUAUGGGAGCAUGAUCUCAAAAUGAUCCCCACCCACCAUCAACCCACACACCUGAUCCUCUUACCCAACUGAAUUAUAUCCUGAAACAAAAGAGACCUGUCACUGAAAGCAACCAGGUUCUCCUAAAUUAAUGAGGGAAAAAAUGCUUAAUGACAAUAUGGGUUUGCUGUACCUUGCUCCCAUAGCUUUGCCAUAGGAAAAAAAGGUGGAGUUUCGUAUAAGAUGGAAUUCACAAAAGGGAAAAUAUAGAGGAAAAAAAGAUCUCACUCCAACUUAAUUAUCAAAUCAGGAGUUCAGAUAGUAAUAAUACAGGAAAAAGGGUAACUCCAACAUUGGGAUUAUUACCUGAAGCUUGUAGCAAGUGCUUUCUGCGAAACUCUGUCCUAUUGCGUUAAUGAAAAUGGCUUACUCCAAAUGAACAGUAGUAGGUUGGUGCAGUUUUCAUAACAAACAGCAGAACUUAAGAUGACACAAUCCAUUAUUUCCAGCUGCAUGCAUAGCUUGCAUUUUUAAAAUGUGAAAAUGCAAGCAAAAAAAGCUGUAGGAAAGAAAGUAUGCUCAAGGACCAAAGAUUUAACAGAUAAAAAUACCCAAGUAGAAGAGAGAUAGUAGAAUAUAUAAAGAGUUACUAUAUUUGUUACACAUCAAUAUACAUCAAAGUGCCUGUUGCCUUCUGAAAAUUUGAAGUGGAAAAUUUUUAUGGUUUAAUGAUUAUUUUAUUUUAUCAGGGACUAAAGAAGAAAAUAAAACAACACAUAAGCUUGUGAAUGGUGGAGGAAAUGCCCUAUUUUUUCUUGGCAAAUACUUGUAUAGAGUUAACAUUGUUGGUGUGAUAUUACAGAUAUAUGUGUAUGUGUAUGUAUAUUAUGUGUGUAUAUAUACAUAUUUGUGAUAUGAAUAUAUUCACACAAUACAUUGACUAUGGUCUAGAAUAAUGUAGCAAAUAGGAAAUGUUUAAAUACUGUGUGUUUUUAUGUUUUCAACAGGAUGACAUGAGAGGUGGGCAUAUUGCAGUGAUGAAUUAAAACCCACAUCUAAAAUGUUAAAGCAGAUGAAGGAGGAAACAAGUAAUAUAUUUGAUAGGAAGAAAAGAUAUUAUACAUUUCUAGUGUUUUUUUUCCCUUGUUUUGUGAGCCAUAGAAUUCCACAAAUGGGAGAUUAUUUGUUUGGCAGAGCCCUCUUUUUUUUAAUAUAUAUAUAUUGAAAUACCAUUUUGAAGGUUUGAACCCUUUUAUUUUUUUGUAAUACUUGCAUGUUUCCAUGGUGUAUAAUCCAGUGGAUCAUGGAUCCAUGAUAGUCUAUUUAAAUUCCUGACUGCUAAAAAGAAUUUCUGGUGAUCUGAACACUACUUAUUAAUAUUUAAAUGAAUUUUUAAUGAAUGCAUUUUGCAUUUCAGUACCACUAGAAUUUAGUAAAUGUGAAAUGACCCUUUUUAAAGAGUAUUUGCACAAUUGCAUAAAAUUUAUAUGAGAUAUAUAUUAUAUAUAAAAUUUUAUGAAUUUAUGCCAAUAUGAAACAUCUUUGAUCUGGUUGUCACACUGAAUUUAAAUAUUUAGUACUGUACUUUAAAUUCAAAUCACUUCUCAUUGAAUCAAAUCCAACUUUAUUUUCUUUCCCAAGAAACCAGUCAGUUUUGUGAAAUGAACUGGCACUACUGUUUUAGUUCAAUCACACCUAAUCCUAACACCAUUCCUUCUCCCAGCCCUAAAUUCCUUUGGACACUGUUCUCUGAAAAUGAAUUUAUUAAAAAUAAAACUAACACAUAAAAACCUUCUCUUUGUAUUAUGAAACACCAACAUAAUCCCUGCCAACUCUAAUGGAUGACUGUUUACUAUGUUAAUUUCUAUGAAGAACAAACCAGAUUUUUGUGAUCAGUUAAGAUGGUUUGGGGAAAAGAAUAGCAUCAUCUUAUUUGGCAGUGUAAUUUGUUUAUUUGUUAUCUGGGCAUCACUCAGAUGAUCAAUGUCAAAUUAAUCCACCCAAACCACCUUUUGCACAUCCUUCUUGAAGCCUUAACAGGAACUUGAUGGGUUUGCUGUAGCAGCUUCCCUGUGAAUUCUGUCCAAGCUGUAAACAGCUACUGCACUGCCACUCACUGUUUCCUAGGGAACUCUUUCUUUUCCCAUGUUGCCUCAGUCUCCCUCUCUCUAGUUCUGGGUUUGAAAAAUUGUGGAGUCCCAGGAAAUAUUAUUCCAUUUGCAGAAUAAGCCUGAUACUUAACUGUCAGAAACCAGAGCUCCACCUGCCCACCUUUUUGGAAGUUUUCUAAAGGAAAACUGAGAACGCUUGGAAACAUCAGAGCAGUUGGUAAUCUGCCUUUUUCCUUCUCAUCCUAACUCUUGACGAAUUAGUUGUCCACUAUUUUGAAAAGAAGCUGGAGAUGGCUGACUCUUCCACAGUAACAACCUGCUGUUAAUUUAUGACAGAUUUUUGUUUGGAGGGGUCUUAUUUGAAAAUAUACUUUUCAUUUAUUUUCUCAAAUAUUUAUGCCCUUGCUUUCUCCAGGGUUGGUAGCAUAGUUGGAAGUGCCAGCACCUGUCAUUCAGAUAGAACAGGUAGAUAGAAUGCUCAAGAUAACCUUCAGCAUUUACUUUAAAACUUAUAUAAUUUAUUUCUCCUUUGUAUGUACUAUAGUCUUGUGCAUAUGUAGUUCAACAAACAGUGGAAUAUACGUCUCUCUUUGUGGAUGUGUGGCCUAAAAAAUUGAAUGUCUGCUGAAAGAUUCAUGUGUAUAGGUCAGAGAAAAGAACAGCUCUCAACUCCUGAUUAGUGCCUGUGAUUUGCUUGCCUUUGUGUUUUUGUGUUUAUCUGGCCUAGUGUGCUGUUAACUUAAACAGGAAGAAGUUUUAUCUUCUGAAGGCUCUUCUCACCUGUCCAUUCUGGCAUGUCAAAGAACACUUAACCUGUGAAAAUGCUCUUUUAAAAAGUUUACUUCAUUUGCAGUAAAUAGAGUUGCCUCAAGAAAUCCUACCUACAUUGAGAGGGACUUUUCCUUUCUAGAAAUGGGGUCAAAUAUCUGCUUUGAUAUUAGGUGGACUAUUUUAACAUGGCUCCAAAAAAAAUGCAAGGGUGGAAGAAUAUCUGUAAGCCAAGCCAAGGAAGAAAUGCAAAGAAAGGUGAACAUAUUGUUUUUUUUCCACCCCUCUCUGUUUGCUUAUCGUUGGUUGCUUUACUGUGUAUAAAGUCGUUUCAAUGUAAUGCUUGUCAAAUAAAUAUUGUGAACUACUCUGUAAAUGAAAUGUAUUAUGUUGAAAGCUAUCCACAGUAAAAAAUACGCUUUUUUGUUGUUUGAAGACAAAGUGUGUUAGAUGAAACCAAAAAGCCACAAAAAGUAAUUUCAUAUACAGCACCUAUUCCAAUAUAAUCUUUCUUUAAGAUUUCUUAUAGCAUAGCCUUUUCAGUGCUAAGAAAGAAUCUCUGUGUCAUAUUUUGUUGUAAUAAUGGCUUGCUAACAAAGUACAUGGUAAAAGCACAAAGUUGGAAGAUGUUGAGGUAACUUGCUGCAAAGCCUUACAGAAUAAAAGAGGCUUCGCCCGCUGGCUGUCUCUCUCUCCAACCAUUGCCUGCUCUGAGACGUCCUAUUGCAGCAAGCUGCACUUUGGGUCACUCUUUUGGAAUAUUUUGACUUUAGACUGUGUCACAGGCAGAAAAGGAGUUGAUAGAAAAUGGAUUCUUAAAAACUGACAUGUUUGAAUCAGUGCUAGAGGGAACAGAUUGUGAAUUUUGUUUACAGCAUCCAAUAUUUGGAUUUUUUUUUGUAAAUAAAAAGAAGUUAUUUUUUUCUA